CCGGAUGUGUGUGGAAAGUAGCGGCUAGUCUGAUUUAGCAGUGAGCUCUAGCUAAUGUUUCUGUAGUGGAUACGAGAAGAAAACACAUAAACGUGACUUUAAAACUUAGUUCUAACUUAGAUAAUUAUGAGUAACAAGAUAUAAUUUAAAUCAACACAGCAAGUAACGGAGUUUACCUCCAAAACAGCAAAUAUUAGGUGUACAACCAUUAGCAUAGCGGUAAUACACUCGUUACCAUUGUUUAUUUUUAUAUUAUUGCAAACAUGACUCUCGCUGUUGACCGAGAACCCAGAAUGACUGCAGGUAACCGCAUGUCAAAGCUGCUGGAUGCUGAAGAAGAGGACGAGUUUUACAAGACCACUUAUGGAGGCUUCAACGAUGAAUCAGGAGAUGACGAGUAUCACGGAGAACAUUCAGACACUGAAGAUGAGGUGGACAGUGAUUUUGACAUCGACGAAGGUGACGAGCCAGACAGCGACCAGGAGGAGGACGCACCUCGGAGGAAAAGUCGAGUCGUCACUAAAGCUUAUAAGGAACCUAUAAAGGUGGCAAAGCCCAAACCCAAAAGACCCUCUGAGGAAACAAAGAAGACUGAGAAAGCUAAAGUGGAGCUCAAAAGGAGGAUUCCUCAAGAAUUUCAAGAUUUUGCUGAAACUCGUAAGUCUGUGCGACAGUCCACCAGUGAACACACUCGGAAGACCAAUCUGCGCUUGCAAGAGAGGCAGGAUGCACCUCGGCGACGGAGAGGUGCCCACCGUGACCGUCCCCUAACCCAAGAAGAACUGCUGGCUGAGGCCAAGAUAACAGCUGAGAUCAACAUUCGAUCACUAGAAAACUAUGAACGUCUGGAAGCGGACAAGAAGAAACAAGUCCACAAGAAGCGGCGUUUCGAAGGACCGACCAUCCGUUAUCAUUCAGUACUCAUGCCCCUUGUCUCUCACUCAGUCCUAAAAGAAGAAAAUGUUGAUGUUGAAGGGUUGGAUCAGGAUGUUCCUCAGACUGCUCCGCCAAAUCCCUCCACGCCUUCGCAGCAGCCCGCCGGAGGCUUGUGCUCCCGCACUUACAUAACGUUCAGUGAUGACGAAGCGUUUGAGGCAGGUUUCCCACGCAGCGCACAGACAAGUCCUCAGAUUCCUGUCCAGGAGGUUUGUCCAGUCACCCACAAAGCCGCACUGUACCGAGACCCAGUAACUGAUAUCCCUUACGCUAACACACGAGCCUUCCGCAUCAUCCGAGAGGCGUACCGUAAAUACGUGGCUGCUCAUGGAUUUCCAAACACUUCGGGAGGGGCGACGGGACUCGACUCCUCAGUGCCUAAGGGUGCCCGGCAGAAAAUGAUGGUCAAGCAGAGCGCUGUUGCAACAUAGAUUACAUUGCUUCAGUAUAUUGGAAACAGACUUGUUUUGUUUUUAGAUUCCUUAGUUCAGGUAGAGUGACUUGACUGAGUAACAUGAGGGAAAACUAUAACCAGUAGCGGCCUGACACCGUGAACACUUUUUCUUCAAACAACUGUCUACGUCUACUUCUAUCUCCAUCUAUAAAAACUGUUCCCACCAACAGGAAAUAACAAGAACAAAACAUUUUGGGAUGUGAUUUGUUAUAUUUUCAGUGCUACAGUUGACCCGUACAAAAUAGAAAUAUAAGUUAACACAACAUCCAACAACACAAUCAGGCAUUCCCUUAAUCUGCAAAAAGAAAAGUCUUAUUUGUGAUGUGUCUGUGUUGAAGGGUUAUUUUGUAGAUUAAAGGUGCAGGGUGUAGGAUUUAGUGGCAUCUAAAUCCUAGCACACACACCCAUCCCCACACACACACGGUGGCUGUGAAACUCAAAAACGGCUUCUGUUCUGUUAGAUGCAACUAAAUUCUACACACUGGUCCUUUAAUGCCUUGAUUGACAAAUCCGGGUUGAGUGGAUAAAAAACUCUGAUUUGCCUUUGGAAUCAAACACUUUUUUGUUUAAUAAAUGCCUUUUUGUUACUGUUAAAACAUUUGCAUUUUACAAAUGUACAUAUUUCUCAACAAAAAUAAAUAUUUGAA